AUGGGAUAUGGGGGUUCUGCCCAACAACAGUGGUUUCAGCGAGUGAUUGCGGCCUUGCUGGCCAUUGUGUCGACCAAGGGAGGUGUUCUACGGGAUGCGCAUUAUACCGUCGAGAAUUACCUCGUAUCGCCACUGCCUGCGACUGCAACUACAACAACCAAGCAAACUACCACAUCACAGGAGCCAACAUCCACAGUUGAUUCGAGCGGUACAACCUCAACUACUACCGAGGUUGCUGAGACGUCUACUCAAACGAGUAGUAGUUCCUCGGAAGAGAAACCCUCCCAAAACAAUCUUGGCCCGAUCAUCGGGGGAGUCAUUGGCGGGCUUGUGGUAGUGUGUUCUACUGUCAUCGGGGCCAUCUAUCUUCUUCGUCGAAGAAGAGAUAAAGAUGGUAGCCCAAAGCAAGAUACCGCAAAGACGUUUUCGACAGAAAAUGACUUCAAGGCAAGGCAAGAUUUACAGGGCGCUUGUGUUAUUGCAGAAAUGCCUGGACAACAGGAAAGCCCUCGACCGGUCGAGCUGGCUGCUUAG